UUGUGUGUCCAUCGAGAUAGUCCCAGAAAAUACUUUAAAGAGAAUCCCAAUCCCAUCGAACCAAAGAUCGCGUGUUUAGUGAAGUGAUCUAAAGGUCUGUUAAAAUGGCAGCGACAAUAUCGAGAAAAAAAUAAAUCUGUGAGAGUUCAAAAACCAUAUAUCCCAAACAAAUAACAGCAAAUUAAGUUUAAAUAAAAUUACAUUUUCUAAAACACCCCCAAAGCAUCCAAAUUAGGGCAUAAGGAGUGCGAGUGGGUGGAACGGGGAAAUGGGUGCCAGUGGCAGAGCGACAGCGGCGCCCUUGUCCAUCCGCCCGAAUCAGCGGCCGGGCACGGUGCGGAUGCGUGAUGUGUUCGCCCUGGUCUUUGACAACUGAAAAUGCCAAAAGGUAGCAGCUAAGCAGCACCAGCACCAGUAGCAGUUGCAGCACCAUUCGUUGCCAAUCGAUAGCCACAACACACAAAGUGCUGAUCAGGCAAUCAAGGCGAGUAACUGAACGAUAUAGGGGUAUACUCAAAGCGACCUCGAAAAGAAUAGCCGGAGCCCCAGGAUGCGGAUGUGGAUGUGGAUGCCGCAGGCUGUGCAGCUGCUGUUUGUGAUGAGUUUGUGGGUGAUGCAAGGUCAGGCGCAAUUGGAGGCAGACGCAAAUACAGGAGCAGGAGGAGGAGGAGGAGCCGGAGCAGCUGGAGGAUCCCCUCGGAACCGCAUCAAAACGGAAGCGGAUGCCCUGAUGACGGGAGACAGCUUCAACAUUCGCCACGGGCGGUCUCGCUCGCAUUUCCUUCACGGCAGCACAAACAGCACUGGGAGCGGUGGCAUCACCCGCCUCCUUCUGGUCACGCCCACCCAGCAUCCGGGGGCGGGUGGCACAUCCCAGCCACCCGUCACGCAUAAAAUCCGCAAAUUGCACAAGAAGAAAAUCAACGAGAGUAUACGCAAAAGUGUGGACAAAAGUCUGGGUCUCCUCCAUCCGGCAAAGAACCAGCGCAGUUUGGCCGAGGCCGAGCAUCUGCAGGGUCGUCCUCCCAGCGAGGACACCGAGGAUACGGCUCUCAGCGAGGUCAUGCAGCUGGCCGAUGAGAUUGAGCUGGAGAGUUCAUUCGCCACGGCGUUUCCAACAGGUGAUCCGGAUAUCGCAGUCCAGCAGGCUCGCCAAUUUGUGCGUGAUGAGGCCAAUUACCAGGAGGAUGAUACCCUCGAGGAGGAGGAGGGGGAGGGGGAGGAGGAGGACGAAGAGGAGGAGGCACCAGUUUCGACCACGGCCAAGCCCAAAAUAACCAGAACCCGGCUGCUGCCAGUGAAUGGCACUUGGGCGCGAAGCCGUGACUCCUCCUCGGAAUCGGAUUACGAAACCAAUGCCCUGGACAAUGAGGAGGAACUGCAGCCAUUUGGCAAGCUGCAGUUGCUGAACGAUAGCCUCGGCACUACUGAGUGGAUGGACGAGGGUCAGGUUCAGAGGUCAGUGCUCAAUGAACCCGAGGCGGAGGCACGUUCCCAGGGGGCAGCCAGCAUGGAGGUGAAACAGAUCAGCUUCGACAGCGAUGCCGAUGGCGAUGGCGACUCCGAACCGGGAAUGGACACCUCCGAGGUGACCAUGGACGAUGGCUAUCCACCGGAUGUGCAGAUCGACGACAAGACCAAGCAGCUGGUCAUCGGCGAUGUGGAGGGCGAGGAGGAGGAGGUGUCCAGCCAGAUAACCGCCGAUGUGAUCAAUGCCCGCGACAGCAAGAUCGACCUGGUGUCCAAGUUCCUGCAGUACAUUGAGCAGCAGCACCUGAUGGGCUCCAACUGCGUGGCCGGCACCUCCCUCAAUCUCGGCGAGGGCGUGGUCGAUCGGUAUGCCCAGGACAGGUUCCGCGUGGAGGCCGAGGUGGCCGUCAAUCGCGCCAAUAUGCUGACCAGAAUCUUCAAGACCACCGGUCGCUCGGUGCAGGAGGAUGUCAACCUGCUGCACGCCUCCGUGCUCUCGAUGGUGGAGUUCGACGAUGAUAUAUUCGCGGCCGGAAAUUGCUUCGAUUGGAACGAGCAUCCUGCGCAGCCAGGACUCUUCUGUCCAUUUGCCUACCGACUGCCGCCGCCGAAUUUGGGAGCGGUGUUCGCCAAGGAUCUGGCCAUGGAGUACCACUAUCUGGGCAACACCUCCGAGUGGUUCUUUCUGGCCCGCAAGAAUGCCGAGAAGGUGAUAGCCCGCAACGAGCAGUAUCUCAAGUCCUUUCAUCUCUACUCGAACCGAACGGAGGAGCGAAUCGAGGACGACACGCUGGCUGUGAAAUAUGAGGACGGCAGAUGGUCAAAACCCUAUUACGACUGCGGCGGCGGCAACAUUUGGAUGCUGACCUACACGGUGCCGUUCUUUGGCUAUGAGAACGGCACCUAUCACUUCAAGGGCACAUCUGGCAUCGACAUUGACUUGCGGCGCGUGGACAUCGACCAGUGUCCGCAGCGGCACACGCCGGGCACCAAGCGACCGCUGAACAUCUUCGCCGGCACCGACAAGUGCAAGCAGCGCACCACAAUGUGCGAGGCCAUAAUGGGAUUGGGCUUUCGGCGCGGCUCCUACAAAUGCCUGUGCCGCAAGGGAUUCUACUUCCCCGACAUUGUCUCGCUGCACAAGUUCUUCAAUGGGAGUUUGCUGGAGGAGGAGUACGAGAAGCUGAUGCUGGGCAAGAACUCGACGUACAACAGCAACAGCGAGUACGAGUGCCUUCCCUGCGCCGAAGGCUGUGAUUCCUGCGAGGACUCCUCGCCCUGCAUCGCUGCCCUCAACUGGCCAAUGCGCACCAGCAUCCUGGCACUGGCCUGCAUCGUGAUUGGCCUUCUGCCCCCGGCAGCCUGGUUCACCUUCCGCUACCAGCAGGUUAAGGUUGUUAGGGCCGCCAGUCCGGCUUUGUUGCGGGUCAUUGCCUUGGGUGCAUUCUUCAUUUACUGCACGAACAUUGUGAUGUAUCCAAAUCCGAAUCUUUACACCUGCACAGCUCGAAUUUGGCUGCGUGAGAUUGGAUUUUCCCUAACCUACGGAGCUCUAAUGCUGAAGACCUGGCGGAUAUCGGUGAUUUUCCGAGUUCGUUCGGCAAAAGCUGUGAAAAUCACCGAUGCCGCUCUGCUAAAGAGACUUGGCAUCAUCUGCGGGGCCAUCGGCACCUGUCUGCUGGUCAGGACACUCGUCUCGCCGCCGGACGUUGUUGUUGGACGGACUGCCGACGACCUGAAGGCAUUCCUCUGCAAAACCGACUGGUGGGACUACACAUUCACCUCGAUGGAGGUGCUGUUCCUGGCCUGGGGCGUUCGUUUGUGCAUCAUGGUGCGGAAGGCGCCCUCGGAGUUCAACGAAAGCCGAUUCAUUUCAAUGGCCAUCUACAACGAGUUCCUGCUCACCUGCUUCCUCAAUGUGUCCAUGCUCUUCCUGCAGUCGCCCGCCAAUCCGGAUUUGCUGUACAUCAUCUUCUUUUGCCACACCCAGUUGACGGUGACCCUGCUCCUGGCCCUUAUCUUUGGCAGCAAGGUGUACAUCGUGCUGCGUAGCGGCAAAUCGCAUCAGGAGAACAUCGGCCUGGGCACCAAGCCAUCGGGGGCCAAAUUCAAUUUUCGUCCCCAAGUACGCACGUUUGCCAAUCCCAGUUCGGUGACCACCUCCACCGUCCCGGUGGCGGGCACCACGUCAGCAGAAACGAAGCUGUCCGACCAGGAGGCGCUGGAGGAGAUCCGGCAGCUGAGCAUGCAGCUGCAGCGCAUCCAGGAGAUGGCUCCGCCCAAGGGCGUGGCAGUGAUGACGAUCUCCAGCCUGCUGGAUGGUCUGAAGACCCCCGGCGGCCUGAUGGUGGUGGCAGCGGCGGCAGGUGCCACCGCCCACGGACACUCGGCCGCCAACCGGCAGAGUGCCCUGCCCCUUCUGGCCCUCAAUGUGGAGAUGCAGAAGUACAGCCAGCAGAUGAGCAAUUCAAAUGGGCGGAAUGGUGGGAGUGCCAGGGCCAGUAUACCGACCAUGGUGCUGGAAACGCCACCCAGCUCCACGCCCCCCUCGGCGGCCUUCGAGGAGCGUGCCAUGAACACGGAGCUGAGUGGCGACGACUUCCGGGAGCAGUUGCUCCGCCGGACGGCCGAUGGCCACAUCAUCUGCAGUCGGUGUUUGGAUGCGUCCAAGGAGCACUACUACUGCUGUCCGCCGCGCAGCGCCUGCGAUCAUCUCGGUUCGCCCAAGGACGAGGGUAGCCUGAGCUUUGCCAACAUCAAGCUGGAGUGCAUGUGCUCCCAGUCGGAGGACAUCGACCAAGUCGACCAGGGUCAUCCCCAGCGGAGGCCCACGGUGCGGACGGCAGCCACCAAUACGCCGCCAACCAGCUGCAAACGGGCACCGCGCAAUUUACUGGAGGCCGAGCUCAGCAUUUCGUAUCAAAUUUGUGAUAACUGUAGAAGUAAGUACAAGCUAACUGGACGCCGGCGGAGCGGUAGUUACUCCCAGGCGCAGGGCAACUCCCAACUGCAACUUGGCCAGCCGCCGAGUGUCCAAGUGCAAUCGCAAUCGCGGAGCAGCGAAAUCCUGGAUCGCACUGCAGCCGCGGAAGUUGAGGGCGAGACAAGGACCAAGGCGGCCCACUCCACGGACGACAUUGUCCUGUAUUCAAGUGCCGCGAAGGAGGAGGAUGAUGCACCUAAUCAACUGGCACCUUCACUGGGCAAUGUGUCCAAUGCCUCCAACAACUCCACCAGCGGCAGUGGGGGAACGGGCACCACUCGUCCCAAGCGACCGGAUAAGUUAGUCCUGGAUCUGAACGAUCGGUCCAAGUACACCAAAGAGGUUUCCGUGUAAAGAGAAUGAAUUUUGGCCAGCCAUGCAAAGCUGUUCGGCAAACUUUAAAACACAACAUCCAAAAGUACUCCCAUUAUUUAAUCUAUUUUCUGCUAUUUAACUAGGGACAUCUAAUUUACGCAAUGAUAAACUUAUUUUAUUUUCAUUUGCUUUAAAAAUAUAUGUAACUUUUAAGGGUUUACUUUUUUAAAUAGCUUUACCCAUUUCCAAAAGGUUUUGGCUUUAACUCGUCGAACAGUUUUCGUAUUGGCUGGCGGCAAUCAAAAAUGUUUUAUGCUUAGGCCAGUUGAAUUAUCAAAGACUUUAUUAAAUUAUAUUUGUACAACUAAUUAGAUAACUGAUUAAUUUAGCUAAAUAUAGAUAUAAGUGAAUGCCGAUAAACACCCGACUUCAAUGAAAAGGUGGAAUGAAGCCUGGAGUUUUGCGAUUUGCAAUGCUAAGCAAAAUGAUUUGCAACUAUAAUGAGCCCCAAAAUGUUGUGAAUUUAUUGAAUUUGGCAAACACCUGCACACACGCGAAAGUCAACAACACAUUUUGUUGAACGUCAUGUGUUUUGGCCGGAAUAUAAUUAAAUUUGCAUUUUAUGUAUGUAGAUAAUUAAAUCUAAAUUGCUUACUAAUUGAAAAUUUCAGCAAGUCAUUUCCAAUGAAAAUGACAUAAAUACUCAUAAUUAUGAUGGUGGUAAAAUGCAUUUGCUGUUAUAUUUAUUAAGCCGUGUUUAAGUGCCGAUCUAUUCAAAAUGGGAGCCCAAACCACAUCAUACACAUGCCAUUUAUGAUGGCCACUCUGUAAAAUAGUUAAUGAAAGUUGAUGUGAACUGUAAAAUACACAUAUCUCCUUUAAACUCACACAAUACCUUCCAACUAAAUUUAGCGAAUAAAUAAUUGUAGUUAAAUUAAGCAUUAAUUAGCCGUCGUACACUUAGCUGCAAUAUUAUAAAUAUUUCAAAAUCAAUUCAAAGCUAACAAAUGCCCACCCCUUUGCCGAAUACGAAAAAUUCAAUUUGCAAAUCACUGUGUUGUUGCUUGAACAAAUGGACAAACCAGAACAGAGAGAAUUGCAUGUAUUUAUGUACUGUAGUUAAGCGUUGAUGUUAUUGAGUUGGAAAAUAUGUGCAUUAAAUGCGUUUGUUUAAAGCAAUCCAAUAAAUGGCGAAUCUACUGAA